GGUUCUCACCCAACUUCCAUUAAGGACUUCGGGCAGGAGGGGUGCAAGUUGUGCGCGGCAGCGGGCGGGAGCCGGUCGUCUGGGCCGGCGUGGGGCGCGCGGGAGCCGGGCGCAGAGGAUCGGGCGGAGAGCUAGGAGCGCAGCAUGGAGCGUCGGGCGCCUCGCUCCUGCCUCGCCCUGCUGUGGGGCUGCGUGCUGGCCGCGGCGGUGGCGGCCCAGGGCAAGGAAGUUGUGUUAUUGGACUUUGCUGCUGCCAAAGGGGAACUCGGCUGGCUCACGAGCCCGUAUGGCAAAGGGUGGGACCUGAUGCAGAUCAUCAUGGACGACACACCCAUCUAUAUGUACUCUGUGUGCAACGUGGUGGCCGGGGAUCAGGACAACUGGCUGCGCACCAACUGGGUGUACCGUGGCGAGGCCGAGCGCAUCUUCAUCGAGCUCAAGUUCACCGUGCGCGACUGCAACAGCUUCCCCGGCGGAGCCAGCUCCUGCAAGGAGACCUUCAACCUCUACUACGCCGAGUCCGACGUGGACUACGGCACCAACUUCCAGAAGCGCCAGUUCAACAAGAUCGACACCAUCGCGCCGGACGAGAUCACGGUCAGCAGCGACUUCGAGGCGCGCCACGUGAAGCUCAACGUGGAGGAGCGCUCAGUGGGGCCGCUUAGCCGCAAGGGCUUCUACCUGGCCUUCCAGGACAUCGGCGCCUGCGUGGCGCUUCUCUCCGUCCGCGUGUACUACAAGAAGUGCCCUGAGCUGCUGCAGGGCCUGGCCCGCUUCCCGGAGACCAUCGCGGGCUCCGACGCGCCCUCCUUGGCCACCGUGGCCGGAACCUGCGUGGACCACGCCGUGGUGCCCCCCGGGGGCGAAGAGCCCCGCAUGCACUGUGCUGUGGACGGCGAGUGGCUGGUGCGCAUCGGCCAGUGUCUGUGCCAGGAAGGCUACGAGAAGGUGGAGGACGCCUGCCAGGCCUGCUCGCCGGGAUUCUUCAAGUCCGAGGCGUCCGACAGCCUGUGCUUGGAGUGCCCCGCUCACACCCUGCCGUCCUCCGAGGGCGCCACCCACUGCCAGUGCGAGGAAGGCUACUUCCGGGCAGCGUCGGACCCGCUGUCCAUGCCCUGCACCCGGCCCCCCUCCGCCCCGCACUACCUCACGGCCGUGGGCAUGGGCGCCAAAGUGGAGCUGCGCUGGACACCCCCCCAGGACAACGGGGGCCGCGAGGACAUCACCUACACCGUUACCUGCGAGCAGUGCUGGCCCGAGUCGGGUGAGUGUGGGCCCUGCGAGGCCAGCGUGCGCUACUCGGAGCUCCCGCUCGGGCUCACCCGCACCAGCGUGACGGUCAGCGACCUGGAGCCGCACAUGAACUACACGUUUGUCGUGGAGGCCCGCAACGGCGUCUCGGGGCUGGUGGCCAGCCGCAGCUUCCGCACGGCCAGCGUCAGCAUCAACCAGACAGAGCCCCCUAAGGUGAAGCUGGAGGGCCGCAGCACCAGCUCACUGAGCGUCUCCUGGAGUAUCCCGCUGCCACAGCAGAGCCGCGUCUGGAAGUACGAGGUCACCUACCGCAAGAAGGGUGACUCCAACAGCUACAAUGUGCGCCGGACCGACGGCUUCUCUGUGACCCUGGACGACCUGGCUCCGGACACCACCUACCUGGUCCAGGUGCAGGCGCUGACGCAGGAGGGCCAAGGUGCUGGCAGCAAGGUGCACGAGUUCCAGACGCUGUCCUUGGAAGGAUCUAGCAACAUGGCGGUGAUUGGCGGUGUGGCCGUCGGCCUGCUCCUGCUGCUGUUGCUGGCGGGAGUCGGCGUCUUCAUCCAUCGCAGGAGAAGGAGCCUCCGAGCCCGCCAGUCCUCAGAGGAUGUUUACUUCUCCAAGUCAGAACAACUGAAGCCCCUGAAGACUUACGUGGACCCGCACACAUAUGAGGACCCCAACCAGGCCGUGCUCAAGUUCACCACCGAGAUCCACCCGUCCUGCGUUACGCGACAGAAGGUGAUCGGAGCAGGAGAGUUUGGGGAGGUGUACAAGGGGACGCUGAAGGCGUCGGGGAAGAAGGAGGUGCCCGUGGCCAUCAAGACGCUGAAAGCCGGCUACACAGAGAAGCAGCGGGUGGACUUCCUGAGCGAGGCCAGCAUCAUGGGCCAGUUCAGCCACCACAACAUCAUCCGACUGGAGGGCGUCGUCUCCAAGUACAAGCCCAUGAUGAUCAUCACGGAGUACAUGGAGAACGGGGCCCUGGACAAGUUCCUUCGGGAGAAUGACGGCGAGUUCAGCGUGCUGCAGUUGGUGGGCAUGCUCCGGGGCAUCGCGGCGGGCAUGAAGUACCUGGCCAACAUGAACUACGUCCACCGGGACCUGGCCGCCCGCAACAUCCUGGUCAACAGCAACCUCGUCUGCAAGGUGUCGGACUUUGGCCUGUCCCGCGUGCUGGAGGACGACCCCGAGGCCACCUACACCACCAGCGGUGGCAAGAUCCCCAUCCGCUGGACGGCCCCGGAGGCCAUUUCCUACCGCAAGUUCACCUCGGCCAGCGACGUGUGGAGCUACGGCAUCGUCAUGUGGGAGGUGAUGACGUACGGGGAGCGGCCCUACUGGGAGCUGUCGAACCACGAGGUGAUGAAGGCCAUCAACGACGGCUUCCGGCUGCCCACGCCCAUGGACUGCCCCUCGGCCAUCUACCAGCUCAUGAUGCAGUGCUGGCAGCAGGAGCGGGCCCGCCGCCCCAAGUUUGCCGACAUCGUCAGCAUCCUCGACAAGCUCAUCCGGGCCCCCGACUCCCUCAAGACCCUGGCUGACUUUGACCCUCGGGUGUCCAUCCGGCUGCCCAGCACCAGCGGCUCAGAGGGGGUGCCCUUCCGCACGGUGGCCGAGUGGCUCGAGUCCAUCAAGAUGCAGCAGUACACGGAGCACUUCCUGGCCGCCGGCUACACCGCCAUCGAGAAGGUGGUGCAGAUGACCAACGAGGACAUUAAGAGGAUUGGGGUGCGGCUGCCCGGUCACCAGAAACGCAUCGCCUACAGUCUGCUGGGACUCAAGGACCAGGUGAACACGGUGGGGAUCCCCAUCUGA